GCGGCGGCGGGCGCCCCGAAGGCGGCGGGAGGAGCGCAGCCGGCGGGCCGCGCCGAGCACUCGGGCAGCAGCGGCGGCGUCGCUCGAGCAACCCCGGAGGCGCCGAGGAGCCGGCGCGCCCUAGCUCGCCUAGGAGCGCAGUGAGGCCGGGGCUGCAGCUCCGCGAGGAGGAGGAAAGUGCGCGCGUGUGUGCGUGUGUGCGAGAGUGUGGUGGGCGACGGUCUCGAAUCGGAGCGGAGGAGAGGCCAGGGGAACCCGGGCGCGGCCCCCGGGCGCCCCCGCCGCUCCCCGAGGUUUUCCCGCGGCGGCGCCAGCUCCCCGGCGCCCCUCACCAUGGACGUGCGCCGAGUUGGGACGCGCCUCGGCAGCAGCGCGCGGGUGACUGCCCGGUCCUGGGGGUGCGCGGGCGCGCGCGCGGGGAUGGCGAGGUAGGAUGGCCGCCCAGCGCGACCCUUGCCGCCCCAACCCAGCGGCCGCCGGGCGGUGCAGCUGACUCGCCGGAGCGCACAGGGGUGUGGGCGGAGGCGGCCCCGCCGCGCCCGCGCCUUCGGGAGUCGCUUUGCCUCUUCCACCCACUCGCACCUGCCACCGCGCGGAUACCAUGUCGAAGGCGGCCGGAGGUACGGCGGCGGCGGCGGAAAGUUGUCCCUCAGCCUCUGCCGGCCCGCCCGCCGCCGCCACCGCGGAGGACCUGUCCAAAGUGUCGGACGAGGAGCUGCUGCAGUGGAGCAAGGAGGAGCUGAUCCGCAGCCUGCGGCGCGCCGAGGCCGAGAAGGUGAGCGCGAUGCUGGACCAUAGCAACCUCAUCCGCGAGGUGAAUCGCCGCCUGCAGCUGCACCUCGGCGAGAUCCGCGGGCUCAAGGAUAUCAACCAGAAACUCCAGGAGGACAACCAGGAGCUGAGGGACCUCUGCUGUUUCCUGGAUGAUGACCGGCAGAAAGGCAAGAGGGUGUCCCGCGAGUGGCAGAGACUGGGCCGCUACACGGCGGGGGUGAUGCACAAGGAAGUGGCCUUAUACCUGCAGAAGCUGAAGGAGCUGGAGGUGAAGCAGGAGGAGGUGGUGAAGGAGAACAUGGAGCUCAAGGAGCUCUGCGUGCUGCUCGAUGAGGAGAAGGGCGCAGGCUGCGCGGGCAGCCGCUGCUCCAUCGACAGCCAGGCCAGCCUGUGCCAGCUCGCCGCCUCCACGGCGCCCUACGUGCGGGACGUGGGCGACGGCAGCAGCACGUCCAGCACGGGCAGCACCGACAGCCCCGACCACCACAAGCAGCACGCGAGCAGUGGCAGCCCAGAGCACCUGCAGAAGCCCCGGGGCGAGGGCAGCCCAGAGCACGCCAAGCACCGGAGCACCAGCCCCGAGCACCUACAGAAACCCAGAGCCUCCGGGACCCCGGAUCACCCAAAACCACUCAAGGGACCCAGCCCCGAGCACCACAAACCCUUGUGCAAGGGCAGCCCCGAGCAGCAAAGGCACCCGCACCCCGGGAGCAGCCCCGAGACGCUGCCCAAGCACGUGCUGAGCGGGAGCCCGGAACACUUUCAGAAGCACAGGCCGGGGGGCAGCCCUGAACACGCCAGGCACAGCGGAGGGAGCCCGGAGCAUCUCCAGAAACACGCCCUCGGUGGGAGCCUGGAGCAUCUACCCAGAGCCAGGGGCACCAGCCCUGAGCACCUAAAACAACAUUUUGGGGGGACCCCCGAUCACAAACAUGUGGGCGGAGGAGGCGGAGGCAGCGGCGGAGGCAGCCGGGAGGGUACCCUCCGAAGGCAGGCGCCGGAGGACGUGUCGCCCCAUCACCGGAGUGUCUACAGUGGCAUGAACGAAUCAACCUUGUCCUAUGUUAGGCAGCUGGAGGCGAGAGUAAGACAGCUGGAGGAAGAAAAUCGCAUGCUGCCCCAGGCCACCCAGAAUAGAAGGCAACCUCCAACUAGAAACAGCUCAAAUAUGGAGAAAGGCUGGGGUCCCAGAGCCCGGCGGGUCUUGCAGUGGUGGCAAGGGUGCCGAGGAAUAGGACGAUGCCUGCCCACUCUCCCGGGUUCUUUUAGGUUGUCAUCAGGGGCUGAUGGGAGUAACAGUCCACCCAACUCUCCAGCUAGCUUCAGUGGACAUACCACACCUUCUCAACAGCCUGAACCCGUGGUACAUUCUCUUAAGGUUGUGUGGAGGAAACUUGGAGAUGCUGCAGGUUCCUGUCCUGGAAUUAGGCAACAUUUGUCUGGAAACCAGUACAAAGGACCAAUGUGAAAGGCACUCUUUCAAACAAGAGAUCACCACUGCCAGAGAGAGAUAAAAGAAGAAAAAAAACUUGGACUCACUGAAUAACCUGGAGUGAUUGUGUAUUGAACAUAUUUUCCCUCUAAAACCUUUAGUAUUACUGAUGCUGUACUUCACGUCUCUCAUUUCCAUGUCCACAACAGCUCAUCUCACGUCAAUUUCAAACAGCUUUGAAAAUCACCAUUUGGGUACCACUAUUUUCAUUAGAACUAAAAUGUUUUUGACUCCUCAGAUUUAAGCUUGUCCCUGGGAAACAGGCAUGAUUGGAAAAAUCCAGUAGGGCCUCAGUAGGUUUGAAGGAGUUGACUCAUUGCACAGAAUGGUGGGACUUUUCUAGCAUGCUGUGUUGAGGAAGAGGGGUCUUCUAGCUUUCCAAGUUUGGGAGUUGGGCACCUACUUCUUAUAGUCAACGAAUUCCUGAUGCAUAGUGAAUUUGGAUAUAAGAUAAGCUUAGGUUUCUGGGAUUUUGUUUUGACUGUUGAGGUGCUAAAAAUACCACAUAAAUUCUCUUUACCAGCUAGAAGGGUAGCAAGACUUUGUAGAGUGCUUAUCAGAGAGUACCAUUUAUUUCAAGUGAUCAAGAUAAAUAGAGCUUUUCUUUUAAUCUUGCUAUAUUCAUGAAGACACAUCGUGGGGACAUACCAACUUCCAUAUUCAUUCAGUGUAUCCAUUGAUGUUAUUAAUUCCAGUUAAAGAACAAGCAAACAUAAUUUUCCUAAGUGUUUCCAGCUGUGAGAUGUCAAUUUCUACAAUUUAGUUUCUAGAUCUGCUGUUAUAUUUAAUAAACUUUAUGUAAACUUUAAAAUAUUGCACUGCAUUUAUGAAAAAAGCUUUCUUUGCCUCCAGCAGCUAACGUUUUAUGAAACUGACGCAUGUCCUUCAUUGUUGAGGCUAAAAGCUCUUCAGAUUGCUUGAGGUUUGAAAAAGAGGUGUGCUAGCUUUGCUUAGUUUAUUUUUGGUAUAUAUAUAUAUACACAUAUUAGACUGUAUUGGAAAUGCUAUGAUAGGUAUUUUGUGUUUUUUUUCAAAUGCAAUGAUAGUUUCUUGUAUGAAUGUGCAAGAGGCCUGUGCCAGAAUGCUAAGUUUUUAUUGUAGUUUAAAAUUAUAAAAGUAGGAAUGCAACAAUUCCCAGUUUUUAGAUUUCUUCUAAAUUACUCAUAUUGGAUUCAUAGCAGAUAUUCAUUGUUGCUGUUGUUUUUAAAUGGACUCAUUACAGUGUGUUACUGGUGAAAGAACGUGAAGGACUUUCGUUAUACUUUUUAAAAUGUUACUGUGAUGAAAAAGCCCUGUUUUCAGAAAAUAUUUAUGAAUUAAUUUACUAUAGAAUUAUCUCUAAUUAUUGUAAUUGGCUUACCAGUUAAGCUUAUCUUUCUUUUUGAAAUGUUUUAUUAUUACUCUGUAAAAGAAAAUUGCCUGCUAUAUUUACACCUUCUCUUGUAGAAAAGCUUUCAUCCUUAAAUUGUUGUAUUCCUACGCUCUGAAGACAUUUAAACCAAGUUUUUGUGCCUGCAGUAGAUACUGCAGAAGCUAAUACAAGGAACAGUGGUCUUUUGACAAUACUUGUGUAAAUUUUGAUACUGUAUUAAAACUAUUUUUUUAAAGUUCUGCAUAAAAUUGAGUAUCAAGUAUAUGUGUUCAUCUUAGCAAUGGUAAUAAAUUAUU